AUGCCGGACCUGGGCCUCGCCACGUUGAAUGAUAUGAGGGACAACGCCUCGCUCAUUGCGAGUUUGGAUUCUUCAGUGCCUGUGAUAGCGGAUGCAGACACGGGGGUCACCUUUCAACGAACCAAGGGCAGGUGGCCUAGUGGUAAUGCCGUUGAUAGUUGUGGCUACCAGCUCUCGGCAGACCUGCUAGAUACUGUCUUGUGA